AUGUCGCCUCGUCCUGAUUUUCUACGUCCCCUUGUUCUCUCUGGGCCAUCGGGUGUUGGGAAGAGUACUCUUCUGAAUCGUCUCUUUUCUGAAUUUCCAGAUAAAUUUGGGUUCAGCGUCUCCCACACCACUCGCAGUCCACGGCCAGGAGAGCUUCAUGGAAAGCAGUACUUCUUCGUCACCCACCAGAAGUUCAAAGAUCUGAUUCAAGAAGGAGCGUUCAUUGAGUACGCAGAAUUUUCCAGCAAUUUCUAUGGCACCAGCUUCGCAACUGUUCGUCAGGUAGAACAACAGGGCAAGCGCUGUAUUUUAGACAUAGAGGCGCAGGGCGUCCGUCAAAUAAAAGCAACAGAUCUGAAUCCCAUCUACCUGUUCAUCUCCCCUCCUUCGAUGACUGUCCUCCGCGCCAGACUUCAGAAUCGUGGGACGGAGACAGACGCGUCCCUUCAGAAGCGCCUUGCAACUGCCUUGAAAGAAAUUCAGUUUGCAAAGGAGCCCAACGUACAUGAUCUCGUCAUCAUCAAUGACGACCUCGACCGCGCGUACGAUCUUUUUAAGAGAGUAGCUCAAGGGGAAAAAGUUACUGGGGAUGCUCUUCCUCCGUUAAACGACUAAUUAUCAAGGAUAGAUUACUAGAGUGAGAAACAUACAAACCCAACAUACCCAGUCGUCUGUACUUUUAUGUUUUUUUCGACAACUAUAUCGUUAUUAUGUUACACUAGGAAUAAACGCAUAUGGUACAGU